GCUUUUUAUUUCCUUAACAAUAUUCUUCAGGCAUUGGAAAAGAAAGAUCAACUUAAAAGGUGGGCUGAGCCCCACAUUAGAAAUGUUAAUACGCAUUGGAUCCCAGUGAUGAAGGAAGAAUGGUCAACUUUCAUAAACCGUCUUGAACCUCUUUGUCAGUCACUGCUUUCUAAAAGUAAUGAGGUCUAUCAUGCAUCAAUGAACUCAAUGGCACCACAUGUGGUCAAGGCACGCACAUUAACAAAUCCUUACAUUCAGGAGGUGAAGAAUUUUGCUGAGCCAUACGUCAAUCAGGUUGUGAUGGUGACAAGACUUCAUUAUGAAACAAUGGAAGUUGCUUUGAAGCCCUACGCCAAAAAGAUGAUUCACACUUAUAGGAAACUUGUCAAUUCUGCUAGUCUAUACCACCAUCAGGUCCAAGAAACUCUUAAAAGCCAUGAAUUAACAAGAACACUUGCAAAUAUGGAUCUUGCAUGGUUUUUGGCGACUGCUGUAUUGAUUCUACCCAUUAUAGUUCUCUUUCAGUUGUUUUCAGUUAUCUUCAGGUAGAAAGACAAAAAAGCAUGGUCGUGUUGCCCACACACGACGGAGGGUCAAGCGACGUCAUCCUGACAAAAGAAUCAGUGGAGGUGAAGUACUUCCAACAAUUCUGGCUCCUUGAAAUUGAGUUGCUCCCAAAUGUUAUAGCUAGCAAGUAUUGACCAAAAGACGGCACAGCUUUUCAUUAUUUGUGUGCCAAAAAGUAGAUAUUAAUGGGCUCAUCUAUAGAGAGUUUAUAAUUUAAAGAUUUCUUGGUUUCAUGGUAUUUUAGGUUUAGUCGAAUUCACUUUGAUUUUGUUCAGGUUAGCUGGAGUUAGGAAUUCUUGGGAAAUGACAUGAGUUGGAUGAAUCAACAGAAUGCUUCACAAGUCAUGUGAAGGAAUCAUUUUAGUAGCAAUCGAGUUGGUUGCAACCAUGAAUUGCAAUCAAAUAUAGCAAUUGAGUUAGCGUCA